ACAGCGCUGACAAAAAAAAAAGGAGUCUUUGGGUACAAAAUCCCAGGUACGCGCGCUCCAAGUGCUAGAGUGGUGAGCGAAGAGCGAGCAUGGCGGACGUAGAGAAGGAGGAAGAAGAUUGUCCCACAUUCUUCGUCGCUGUUCAUGUCGGCGCCGGAUUUCACGCCCCUUCCAACGACAAGAUUCUUAGGUCCGCCAUGAAUCGUGCUUGCCUUGCUGCCGCCGCCAUUCUUCGCAUGGAUUCUGGUGAAUGUGUCGAUGCAGUUGAAGCAGCGAUUCAAGUUUUGGAGGAUGAUCCUAGCACAAAUGCUGGUCACGGUUCAAAUUUGACAGAGGAUGGUCAUGUUGAAUGUGAUGCUAGCAUCAUGGAUGGUCAUUCUGGGGCAUUUGCUGCUGUUGGAGCAGUUCCAGGUGUUCGAAAUGCCAUCAAAGUUGCUGCUUCCUUAAUCAAGGAACAAAAGAUGGGACCUUCUUUGUUGGGUAGAACACCUCCAACAUUCUUGGUUGGUGAAGGUGCUCUUAAGUGGGCGAAGUCAAAGGGCAUUAGUUGCGCGGGAACAAUAGAAGAGGCUGAAAAGUGGUUAGUGACUGAAAAAACCAAAUCACAAUGGUGCAAAUAUAAAGCAAUGCUUGAUGCUGCCAAGACAAAAGUGAGAGCUUUUGACAUGCAGCCUUCUAGUAGUAGACCCCACAAAAAGGGCCUACUAUUUGAUGUGGAAGCUUACUCAAGUGAUGCUUCAAAGGGGAUCGGGGAUGUUAAGUCUUCUACAUUAGGGGUGAUGGAAGAAGACUGCAUUAUGGAUACUGUUGGAGUCAUAUGUAUUGAUCGUGCUGGACAUGUUGCCUCUGGAGCUUCUAGUGGUGGUAUUGCUAUGAAGGUGAGUGGAAGAGUAGGGUUAGCAGGCAUGUAUGGUUCAGGUUGCUGGGCAUCCUCAAAUGGUCCCUUUGAAGCUCCUUUCCGUGUAGGCUGUUGUACUACUGGAGCUGGAGAGUAUUUGAUGAGAGCUUUUGCCGCUAAGGAGUGCUGCAUGUCGUUGUCAUCAUCACAGGCAGGUCCAGCUUCUGCUUGUAUUGAAAUUCUUCGCCUAGUUAUCCAGGCCUGCCGACAACAGGGGGCCGAUGGCAGUGCUGGAAUCCUCCUUGUCCAAGCUGAUGCUCCCCUGGUGGGUCCUGAGAAUAUGCCAAAGCUGAAAAUGGUUGAAAUUGCAGCUGGAUAUUCAUCGCAGUCCUUUGGCAUCGGUUACUAUGGAAGCUCAAUGGAAAGGCCCAAGGUUUCGGUUUUACGGAACAACAAACUAAAGAGCACGACGGGAAUAGACCACUUUGAAGCCAGAAUCAACCUAACUGGAAGCUAGAAGAUUCUGUUCAUUUAGUGAUCGGCCUUCAUAUUUUGCACGCACUCACUGUAGUCUGUGGCAACCAAACAUAUGGAUGCAGAUGCAAAAGUGAUCACUUGUAAAGCGGUCCAACAAUAGCAAAGAAUAUAACGGGAGCAAUUUUGAUCAUACAACCAGCACUGCAGCCCUUGAUGUGAUGAAACAGUUAUUGCAAUUUUGAUGAAUACUCGAUGUAAAGCAGUCCAACAUUGCAAAAAUCUAAUGGCUUCUUUCUGCAA